CAUGGAAUCAAUUUCAUUUAUCUUCUUCCUAAAACCCUAUACCCUAUAUUUCAUCUCUCACCAUCUUUUUUUUUUUUUGGUAUUCAUCUCUCACCAUCUUUACUUGUUUGCAAAAAGACACAAUAAUUUGUGAGUUUCAGAACAAAAAUCCCAAUGAAUGUUACACGUUCUGCUUUGAUACUCCAUCUUCAAACCUCACCAAUUCGCUUCAACAAUGCUCUUCGCACCCCCAUUUCACCUUCUUCUCUGUUCAAUUUCAAAGCAACGCGUUUCUUUUCUCUAACCCUUCCACGCCAAACGCAGUCACAACCUGCCGUUGGAACCGCCGCUUCAUCACAAGGCCGAGAUACUUUCUUUGCUCAAGAAACUGUUUCGUGGAGUUCACUUGGUCUUUCCGAUACCCUCUCUGCUGCUCUCUCUAAAAUUGGACUCAAAACACCCUCUCUUGUUCAGGCUUCUUCUAUUCCAUCCGUGUUGUCAGGGAAGGAUGUAGUUAUUGCUGCGGAGACUGGCAGUGGUAAGACAUACAGUUAUCUACUCCCUCUCAUUGAUAAGCUGAGGGAUACACAAGAACAUUCUCUAGAUGCUGUAUCUGAUAAAGAAGUCUAUCCGCCGGCCAGGAAAGUUCUGCUGGUGCUUUGUCCGAAUGUACAAUUGUGUGAGCAGGUAGCUAGUAUGGCUAAUAGUCUCUGUAGCGACAAUGGUGGAACCGUUGUUAAUGUGGCAUCCAUUUGUGGAAGACAGGGAUGGCCAAUUCGGGAACCUGAUAUCAUUGUGACAACACCUGCUGCUCUUCUUAAUCAUGUUGACGUUUAUAGAACUCGCCGCAUGAAAUUUAUGCAUGGUGUUAAAUAUGUGGUGUUUGAUGAAGCUGAUAUGCUUCUUUGUGGGAGCUUCCAGAAUAAAGUAAUCCGCCUGAUAAACUUGCUCCGCUAUGAUGAAAAAGUCUCGUCUCGAUCAAAAUCGUCAGUAGCAGAGUUGCCAAUAAGUCUGGAAUCUUCUUUGUCGUCAGAUGAUGUUUUGGAAGGUGAAGAGGAAUUUUCAAUUGAAGCCAUCUCAGACGAGGAGGAGGAGGAGGAUGAUAACAGCGAGGAUGUUGCUAAUAUUAAUAACGAAGCUGAAUCUAUCAAGAAAAAAAGGAGUGAUUGGAGGAGAGUUAGGAAACAUUUUGAGCGUAGUAAACAAUAUGUUUUUGUUGCAGCUACACUUCCGGUGAAUGGAAAGAAAACAGCUGGAGCAUUGUUGAAACACAUGUUUCCUGAUGCUGAGUGGGUUAGUGGAAACUAUCUUCAUUGUCACAAUCCAAGAUUGAAGCAAAGAUGGAUAGAAGUGACCGUUGAUACACAGGUGAAAGAACUCUUAAGGGCUGUGAAACACAGUUUAAAAUCUGAAGAUUUGGAUAAUGGCGGUGGCAUUCAUAGAACAAUGGUAUUUGCCAACACUGUUGAGGCUGCUGAAGCUGUUGUGAAGAUAUUGAGCUAUGAUGGGCUUGAAUGUUUACGUUAUCAUAAGAAUUGCACAUUGGAAGAGCGAGCACAAGCAUUAAUUGAUUUCCGCGAGAUUGGUGGUGUCCUUGUAUGUACUGAUGCAGCUGCUCGUGGUGUGGAUAUUCCAAAUGUCUCUCAUGUUAUUCAGGCAGAUUUUGCUACUUCUGCUGUAGACUUUUUGCAUAGGAUUGGUCGUACAGCUAGAGCUGGUCAAAUCGGACUAGUUACUAACAUGUAUACCGAGUCCAACAGAGAGCUUGUGGAUGCAGUUCGUCGUGCAGAGGAACUCGGUCUACCUAUGGAGACCGCAUUUAGCAGAAAAAGAAGUUUCCGUAACAAGAUCAAAAAGAAAGCGAUUGCUGACAAAGUCAGGGAUUCUGCAACCAUUGAAGAGAGUGUUACAGCGUGAGAACACAAGACUAUUACUCUUAAGUCAGAAACAAGCGCAGCUGCAACAUAACAUAUAUUAAGCCUAACAUUUUAUGGGGAUUGUGUAUCUACCGUGAAUUGAUUAAUGCGAACGUAAGUUAUAGAUAUUAUUCUUCUCUUGGGUUUGAAUAGCAGUGAGUUACAUUUCCCCCCUCAUCUUUCUAAAAGAAAAUGUGCUCAUUUAUGCCUUUAUAUGAAAGUUGUUGAUAACUGUUUUUUCUGCAUGUAAAUUAUGAGAAGAUUAAACGUACUCUAUCUUAUCUCUUCAUUACUUAUAA